CCGGAACUCCGCGGUGCCGCGCAGCCGCGCUGUCCUCCAAGAGACAACUAUGGCGACCUUCUUCGGGGAGGUGGUAGUGGCGCCGUCCCGCGCCGGCGUGGACGAUGAGGAGUCGGCGGAGGAGGGGUGCGCGGAGACGCCCGAGGACCGGGACAUCCGCAGGGAGCUGGAGAAGAAAAGGGAGAUCGACGUCCGCUGGACACUGAAGUCGGGAGUGCCUACGGAAAGCUCUGCCGACGAGCUGUUUGUCUGCUCUAAACUUAUACUUGCAAUAGGACGUAAUGCUGCAGCUUUCUUGUCUUCUUUUAUCCUGGAUUCUGUAUGUUGGGAAGUAGUUGGAGCUGUGAAGCUGUGGAAUGAGUGGUGUCGAACAUCCAGCACAACAGAUGUCCUCCCAACAGAUUCUUUCUGUUUGUUUUACCGCUUAAUAUCUGAUCCAACAGUUUGGUUGUGCCAGUGCAGUUGUUACGUGGCUGAGGAUCAGCAGUUCCAGUGGCUUGAAAAGGUUUUUGGUUGUAUGAGAAAGGAGGGCUUGCAAGUAACCAUUCUUUCAACGUGUCCUGUAGCUGAUUACAAAACUCAAGAAUCCACUUUAACACUCCCAUCUCCCUUUCUGAAAGCCUUAAAGACAAAAGAAUUCAAAGAGCAGGUCUGCUGCCCACUGCUGGAACAACCCAACAUUGUGCGAGAUCUUCCUGCUGCUGUUUUGAGUUACUGUCAAGUGUGGCAGAUUCCUGCAGUAUUGUAUCAGUGUUACACUGAUAUCAUCAAACUGGACACUGUUACAAUUGAAGCGUUCAAGCCUCUGCUUUCUUCUAAAGUCCUGAAGAGUUUAGUCAAGGAUGUAUCUGAAAGCACGAAGAUCUUGAAGAAGUUACUGAUAACCAGUGAAAGUCACAAUAAUAUCUAUAUCUGAAGAGGAUAUUUAUGAUGCAGACUGCACUUUCAUAAACUCCAGUUUCUUCUGUCUACCGAAGAACAUUUUGGAAUUGUAGUUGUUUCCUUAAAAGUGGAAUAAAUUCCAGUAGAUUUUUUUUUACUU